AAUGAAGGGAAAGGUGGCAUUAUUAAUUGAUUAGGAUUGUGAAGACUUUAUCAAAAAAGGAAAUACAACUAUUGUAAUCUAAGAAUAAGAGGACUUUCUAUUGGAAUUGAUGGGAAUGAAGGAGGGUGGAGUUCAUUAGAUUCAAUAAAAUUAAUAAAAUGAUGAAGAAAUUCUUGAAGUUAAUUUGAUCAAUGAUGCUCAAUUUUAUUCUUAAAUAAGUUAUGGUGCUAAAACAGUUGUUAUUGGAAAACAAUAUUAAUAAUUUUAAUUACCAAGUUAUGAUCAAUACUAAGAAAAAUUAUUUGAUAGUUUUGACAUUGUUAUUGCAUUUAAAGAUUAAAUAUAAGUGUUGGAAGAAAUAUAAAAACAGAAAUAACAUCAUAUAUAUUUCAUAAUAUCCAACAUCAAAUAAUAUAAUAAUGAUAUUGAAUUUCCACUUUAAUCAAGAAAUCAAUUUAAAUAUUAGUAAUUAGAAUGUUAAGGAAAAUAAAUUGCACUUAUUCAUUAUUCAAAUUAUUAAAUGAGAGUAGAUGAUAUUGAAACAUUAGAAUAAAUUAAUUAGUUCUCAUACAUUAGAAGAAAUGUGAUUAGAUUACAAUGUCUUUGGAGAGAACUUCUUACUUAAGUGGGCAAAUUUCCUAAAUAUGGUGCAUGAGU